AUUAUGAUCGAAUUUGUAAUCUUAUACACUUGAUGAAAUAGGGGAAUCGAGAAUAGUAACAAUAAAUUCAUUGUGUAUGGAAUAUUUUCCUUCAUUGGCGUUAUUUUGAAUAUCGUGGGCUUGAUUGUACUGGUUAAAUUUACGAAAAAACUUGAUUUAACGCAGCGAUAUAUACUAAUCCAACUAUGUUUCAUAGACUUUUGCUUAAGUUUAGAACAGGCCAUUUUAUGUUUAUUGACAAUAAUAGAUAAAAUAACUUAUAAAAUAUUGGGAAGGUUUUUUAUUGCGCUUUCAAUUUUAAAAACAGCAUUGUAUUAUACAACAUUUUGGUUUACAUUUGACAGAUUUUUGCAUAUUAAGCUAAACGUAAAAUACAUCAUCUAUUGGUCGAAAAAAAAAACAAUCAUUGUGAUGGUAAUUUUAUUAAGUAUUGCUAUAUUGAUUGGAAGCUUAGUCGGAUCAGGUGUAAUUAAUUUCGCUUACGAGUACACGAUUUACGCGUGUUACGAUUUAGUUAUAGUUAGCUUUUCUGUUUUUUUUUACACGUAUACUCUUGUACAUUUUUACAAGCAAAAAGCAAAUCUUCGCUCCAACCAACUAAACAAAGGGGUUUUUAAAGGAAUUUUACUAUCUGUUAGUAUUAUAACUAUAUUUGUUGUGUUAUUUGCAAUACCUGAUGCAUUAAUGGCUUUAUUAAAUAGUGAAAAACUUAUAUUGAAUGAUCCAACAUACAUGUAUGUAAGUAUAUCUCUUACUUUAUCUUUGUGGACUGAUGCAUUAGUAUAUAUAUUUGCGUCCCCAGAAGUAAGAAUUAUUCUUAAAAGAAAAUUAAUACGUUUAAUUUUCAAGAAAGAACAUCUGAAUAAAAGUAAGUUUACUGCAACUAUAUCAACAUCAAUAGGAAGUAUUAAAAACUAAACUUUAUUAAAAAAAAAAACAUUUUUAUUAUAGAUACAAGCAAAGCACACUUUUAAAUAAGCUUUUAAAUAAAAUUCACCAAACAGAUUCUAAAUAUCCUUUGACUGAUAAUAUUACUGAUAUUUAUUAUUGAAUUUAGUUUUUCUAAACGGUGAAGGUAUUUUUUAAUAUAAUUAGAACAUUGCAAAUAAUUGUUGUACAAAUUUUAUUUUUUUAAUUUUAUAUGUGAAGUAUAUGUAAAGUAUAACCUUAUAAAGAAUAUUCACAAAACAAAUGCUAAAAAUUCAUUUGAUUGAUAAAAUUACUAAAGUUUAUUAUUGAAUGUACAUUUUGUAAACGAUGUUUAUGACAUUUUUUAUUUUAUAAAUACUUAAAUCAUGUA